GUGGGAAAGGAGAGCUGAGCUAGUUGUGGCCGGGACACCGACAUAUGUGCCAUCUGUUUCAGGAGACUACAUGGGAUGGUAUUACAGCAUCACUCGUUUGUUUGUGUCUCCUUCGUUCAGACUCCCUACUCAUCAUUAUCAGCCUAGUUCCUUAGCUUUGCAUCUUACGACACGAGCUUUGCAGCGCAUACAUCAGCGGGCUACUGUCACAGUGACUGAUAGUCCUGAUGUGGACUUGUAUGGACAGGCUCUCAUAGGCAUUGCGUCCUUGUGUUCAGAUGUGUUGGGGCGAGUCGACUACGGCCAUCUUAUACACAUGCCCCCAUCUCGGGAGAUGCCAUCCACGUCUAGUGCAGCGGCAGCUUCAUCAUCCCAGACGCAGCAUGAGAGAGUGGUUCUUCAACCACGACAACGGCGUAGGCGUAGACAUGAGCAGCAACAUCUCCAUGACGAAGCUGACGAUGGGAACUUGUAGUCUG